AUGGAUUUGAUUUUAGCAAAGCAAUCAGACCUUUCAACAGAUCAUGAAAUAGAAGAUACUUCUCCGUAUAUGGAGUCAUUGUUCAGAGGUGAAAAUUCACCUUCAGAGUUUGCGAAUAUUAACAUUGGAAACAUAGAAAAUAAUAGUGGUUUCUUAGGAUCCGGGUAUUAUAAUUUUUUGCUGCCUCAAAUUGAGACAACUUUGCCCUUAAUUAGUUCAUUAAGUUAUCCCUUCCCUAUUGCCUUGAGUUCUAUUGAAAAGCAGUAUAUCUAUUACUAUUGUGCCUAUAUUGCCCAUGCGAUUUCUGUUGUUCCCAAACAAUUGAACUAUUUUUUGAAUACUUUUCUACCUAUGGCAACUAAAGAAAAAACAGUUUUGUAUUGUCUUCUUGCUUGGGGUUCGAUCUUUAAGACGUAUAAAGAAGAAGGGAUACUAUUAUUAUCCACUGGACAAAAGUAUAUACAGAAAGCUAUAAAAAGUCUCAAAAACUUACCUGAUGGGAAAUUCUCUUUUAUCUAUGCAUUGACUAGCUAUAUCAUUCUAAUGUGCGUUGAAAUCACUAUCGGAGAUAUUGCCGCUUGGUCGUCAUAUUUAACUGAAUGUUAUAAUCUCAUAAAUAGAAUGGGAGGGUUUCAUAUCUUAAAGAAUUACUCUUCAGAAGGUAAGAUUCUAGCUCAAAAUUUUGCCUACUUUGAUAUACUUGCAUCGCAGUCUAAUGAAAAUGGGACUUACUAUCCAGUUGCUGAAUAUGUGGAGAUAUACAAUUCAGAGGAUGUUGCGCUUGCAGACUCUCUUCAAGGAUGUAUACGACCUUUAAUUUUAAUUUUAGGUGAAGCUAUUAAUUUACUAGUUGAAUCAAAGAAACUACUAGAUCAUGUUUUAGAUAAGGAUUUAUUUCAUGAACACCAAGGGCUCAUUUUAGAAAAAUGUGACCAAUUGGAAAAAGACCUAGAAGAGGCACAGUUGAAUCCUCUUGAUUUAAUUGUUCUCAACGAAAGCGAUGAUAUGGAGACUCAUCUUCAAAUGUUUGAGCUUUAUCAAUUAUCUAUUAAGCUAUAUAUUAAGCAUGUUAUACGACGUCUACCGCCUGUGGUUCCCGAGAUGCAAUUCAUAUUUUAUAAAAUAAAAAAAUAUUUGAGAAUCUUGAUGAAUAGCUCUGUUAAAAUGUCACUUUGCUUCCCAUUGUUGAUCAGUGGAUUAGUUGCUGUAACCCUUGAGGAUAGAAAAGAGUUAGAGAGCUUGAUUAUCGAAUUCAAAAGUCAAUAUGAAUUUGAUAAUGCAAAGAAAAUUCAUUUUAUUUUGAAAGAAAUUUGGAAUCUUAAUGAAAAUGGAACAUUGUACGUUGACUGGUUUAAUGUUACAAAGAAAUUUGGCUGGAGGCUAAAUCUUGGAAGAUAA